UCGCCCGCACCCCGCCGCCCUUCCCGGCGGUGCCGGCUCCCCCUGCGCGGGGAAGCGACUCUGCGCGACUCGGAGAGGUGCCCUCCUCCUUCCCGCGCGAGAUGUUGGGCUGUCUGAAGCGCCCCGUCAUGGUGACGGCCGACAUCAACCUGAACGUGGUGGUCCUGACAGCCGCCGGGCUGCUGAGCCGGCUGUGGCACCUCACCUACCCCCGGGCUGUGGUUUUUGAUGAGGUAUAUUAUGGGGUGUUCAUCUCUCUCUACAUGAAGCGGACCUUCUUUUUUGACAACAGUGGGCCGCCAUUUGGCCACAUGCUGCUGGCCUUGGGAGGUUACUUAGGAGGAUUUGAUGGUAAUUUUCUAUGGAACCGGAUCGGAGAAGAGUACACCAGCAACGUGCCCGUGUGGUCCCUGCGCCUGCUGCCUGCGCUUGCGGGGGCCCUGUCGGUCCCCAUGGCCUACCAGAUAGUGUUGGAGCUUGGCUUUUCCCACUGUACCGCCAUGGGAGCCGCCCUGCUGGUGCUGAUCGAGAACGCCCUGAUCACACAGGCCCGGCUCAUGCUCAUGGAGUCUUUGCUAAUAUUCUUUAACCUGUUGGCUGUAUUAUCCUACCUGAAGUUCUUCAAUUGCCAGAAACACAGCCCCUUCUCGCUGUGCUGGUGGCUCUGGCUGGUGCUGACGGGCGUCGCGUGUUCCUGUGCUGUGGGCGUUAAAUACAUGGGCGUGUUCACGUACUUCCUGGUGCUCGGCGUGGCCGCCGUCCAUGCCUGGCAGCUGAUUGGAGACCAGACAUUGACAAAUGUCUGUGUCUGCUGUCACCUGCUCGCCAGGGCGGUGGCUCUGGUUGUCAUCCCUGUCAUCCUGUACUUGCUCUUCUUCUACGUGCACCUCAUGCUGCUCUACCGCUCAGGGCCCCACGACCAAAUCAUGUCCAGCGCCUUCCAAGCCAGCCUGGAGGGAGGGCUGGCCCGGAUCACACAAGGCCAGCCCCUGGAGGUGGCCUUCGGCUCCCAGGUCACCCUGAGGAACGUCAUGGGCAAGCCCUUGCCCUGCUGGCUUCAUUCUCACCAGAGCACCUACCCCAUGAUGUAUGAGAAUGGUCGGGGCAGCUCCCACCAGCAGCAGGUGACCUGCUACCCCUUCAGGGACGUCAACAACUGGUGGAUCGUGAAGGACCCUGCGCGGCACCCGCUGGUGGUGAGCAACCCUCCACGGCCCGUGCGGCACGGGGACAUCGUGCAGCUGGUCCACGGCAUGACCACCCGCUUCCUCAACACGCACGACGUGGCGGCCCCGCUGAGCCCCCACUCGCAGGAGAUUUCCUGCUACAUGGACUACAACGUCUCCAUGCCCGCCCAGAACCUCUGGAGGCUGGACAUUGUGAACAGAGAGUCCGACAGCGACGUGUGGAAAACCAUCCUGUCAGAGGUGCGCUUCGUGCACGUGAACACGUCGGCCAUCUUGAAGCUGAGCGGGGCUCACCUCCCCGACUGGGGGUUUCGGCAGCUGGAGGUCGUGGGGGAGAAGCUGUCCCGAGGCCACCACGAAAGCAUGGUGUGGACGGUGGAGGAGCACCGGUAUGGCAAGAGUCAGGACCAGCACGAGAGGGAGCUGGAGCUGCACUCCCCGACCCGCGUGGACAUCAGCCGCAACCUCAGCUUCAUGGCGCGCUUCUCCGAGCUGCAGUGGAGGAUGCUGACCCUGCGGGCCGACGACGCGGAGCACAAGUACAGCUCCACCCCCCUCGAGUGGGUCACCCUGGACACCAACAUCGCCUACUGGCUGCACCCCAGGACCACUGCUCAGAUCCACCUGCUGGGGAACAUCGUGAUCUGGGCCUCGGCCAGCCUGGCCACGGCGGCCUACGCCCUGCUGCUCCUCUGGUACCUGCUCCGGCGGCGAAGGCACGUCUGCGACCUCCCUGAGGGUGCCUGGCACCGCUGGGUGCUGGCCGGAGCCCUGUGCGCUGGCGGCUGGGCACUCAACUACCUGCCCUUCUUCCUCAUGGACAAGACGCUCUUCCUCUACCACUACCUGCCUGCGCUCACCUUCCAGAUCCUUCUGCUCCCACUCGUCCUGCAGCACGUCAGCGACCACCUCUGCAGGUCUCCGCUGCAGAGGAGCCUCCUGAGGGCCCUGGUGGUGGCCUGGUUCUCCUCGGCGUGCCACGUGUCCCGCGCGCUGCGCCCGCUGACCUACGGCGACCAGGCGCUCUCGCCGGACGAGCUCCGGGCCCUGCGCUGGAAGGACAGCUGGGACAUCCUGAUUCGCAAGUUCUAGAACCGCGCGGGCGGCCGAGGGGCCCCGGCUGGGACCCUGGGAGGGGACUCGCUCUGGAACGGCACCUGGCCCGGCCGAGCUCCCUUUCUGCAAACGCUGAGGAGUGCGCCCCUCCGUCCCCGCCCUCGGGAAGGUUAAGGGUCCGUGUGUGCCAGGGGCGGCCUCUGUGUGAUCCCACAGACCCGCUCGCCCCACCGUGCUGCGGUGUCCACUCCCCCCCGCCCCCCAUCCAGAGUUCACCCCUGUGCACGCGGUGGAGCCCUGCACCGCCUCCUUGUGUAAAUAAAGAAGGACACACUGGCAGUUU